UGUCUUCCCUGGCUCUUCUUGAACUCUGCAGUUGUCUUUCCGGGUAGCAUCUCCCUCCCCUUUCUGCCCUGGCUGCACAAAUGUGCUCAAUUAGGGUUAACUCAAACUGAAUCAAACUUCGUGCCUGAGGUUGGAAAUCUUCCCAGUCAACUCACCACAGCCACAUAGCAUGGUGGGAGACAAGGCGAGAGGGGAGAUGAACGCUUUUCAGAGAAAUGAAUCCAAGGAAACUUUGUUCAAUUUUAUGUCUGCAGGAGAUGACCCCCCCAAAGGAGAUUUCCCUCUUCAGAAAAAAUCCCCGAAACUCUGUGGCUCCAACUACCCCCUGAGCAUUGCCUUCAUUGUGGUGAAUGAGUUCUGCGAGCGCUUCUCCUACUAUGGCAUGAGAGCUGUCCUGACACUGUAUUUCCUGAGCUUCUUCCACUGGGAUGAGAAUCUCUCCACUGCUGUGUACCACGCCUUCUCCGCGCUAUGUUAUUUCACACCUGUCAUCGGAGCCAUCAUGGCAGACUCGUGGCUGGGGAAAUACAAGACGAUCAUCUACCUCUCCAUUGUGUAUGUUGUUGGCCAUCUGAUAAAGUCAGUCGGUGCCAUUCCAUCCCUGGGCAACCAGGCGGUUCAUGUGGUCCUGUCUAUGGUUGGUCUGUUUUUGAUCGCCCUUGGAACAGGAGGUAUCAAGCCCUGUGUCUCUGCAUUUGGGGGGGACCAGUUUGAAGAGGAACAUACCUCGGAGAGAAGCAAGUUUUUUUCCAUCUUCUAUUUAUCCAUUAAUGCUGGAAGUUUGAUCUCUACGUUUGUAACUCCUGUAUUAAGAGGGGAUGUGAAAUGUUUUGGAGAGGAUUGUUAUGCACUGGCUUUUGGUGUCCCAGCAGCACUGAUGGUGUUGGCGCUUGUUGUGUUCAUUGCUGGAAGUGGACUGUACAGAAAAACACCACCACAAGGGAACGUCUUACUGGAAGUGUGCAAAUGCAUCGGUUUUGCUAUUAAAAACCGGCUGAAAAACCGUUCCCGUGAGAUUCCAAAGAGGGAUCACUGGCUGGACUGGGCGUCAGAAAAAUACUCGAAACAGCUGAUUGGGGAGGUUAAAAUGGUGACACGUGUUCUCUUCCUCUUCAUACCACUGCCAAUGUUCUGGGCCCUGUUUGAUCAGCAGGGAUCCAGGUGGACUUUGCAAGCCACAAAAAUGAAUGCUGAUUUUGGAAUAUAUGUCCUUCAGCCUGACCAAAUGCAGUUCUUAAAUCCACUUCUUAUUCUUGUCUUCAUCCCAAUUUUUGACCUUGGGCUCUACCCUCUGAUAGACAUGUGCAAAUUUAAUUUCACACCAAUUAGGAAAAUGGCAACAGGUAUGAUCCUUGCAGGGCUGGCGUUUGGACUUGCAGCUGUUAUAGAAAUCAAAAUAAAUGAAACAGAUAUGCCUCGACUUGUCCCAGAAGAAAGUUUAAUUCGGGUCCUGAAUUUGGCAAAGAACCCUGUUCAAGUGACAAUCCAGGACAAGGACCUAUUUCAGCAACCUGUGGAGGCUUUUCAGAACCCAGCUGAGUACUCAAAAUUAAUAUUGAAUGGAGAACAACAGAGUCUUCGCUUCACCCUGCAGCAUCAAGGAUUGACUCUUGCUUUUAACUACACCGUGAAGGAAAAAUCAGUAUACAGCUUAAUUGUUUUUGAGGCAGAAGGAAGCCUAUCAAGCCGCUUAAUUACAGACUUGGAAGCAAAGCCAGAAAAUGGUUUGGCAGCUGUUAGAUUCAUUAAUGGUUUGAGCCAAGAUGUCAACCUCACAAUUGAUAGCAGAAAGUUCAUUGCUGUUCAGAAGGACUACAGCCCUUCUGAGUACUCGCUGCUGGAGAGGGACAUAUACAAUAAUGGAAAAUGUGUAACUGAAACAGGAGAGUUCCCCCUGGAGCUGGGGCUGCUCGACUUUGGUGCCUCAUACACCAUUGUGAUAACUAAUAUUUCUGGAGGUGCUGUUAAGACAUGGAAGUCAGAAGACAUCAAAGCCAACAAUGUCCAUAUGGCUUGGCAGUUACCACAAUACUUAUUAAUAUCUGCUGGGGAGGUGAUGUUCUCCAUUACAGGGCUGGCCUUCUCCUAUUCUCAGUCUCCAGCCAGCAUGAAGUCGGUGCUGCAGGCAGGCUGGCUGCUCACGGUGGCUGUGGGGAACACCUUUGUGCUCAUUGUUGCCGAAGCUGCACCAAUGGCACAGUGGGCUGAAUUUGUCUUGUUCACUGUUCUCCUCUUUGCUGUGUGCAUUAUUUUCUCCAUCAUGGGAUAUUUCUAUGUCAGUGUGGAUCCAGAGGACCUAGAAGAAAAGGAAGAGAAGAGAGAGACCUCAAGCAGAGGAAACAUGAUUGGUCUUGUUACUCAGAAAACAAAGCUCUAACACAUGAUGGGUUGGGAUUUUUUUUUAAAUUCAGUUAUGAGAGGGUAAAAGAAGGGUGGGGACAGUGUUAUUUUAUUUUUAGAGCAUUGCAGUCUUUAUUACACAAAAUGUAGCCACCUUAUAAAUGGGACCAAAUAGCCCUCUAUAAAAACAAUGGGGGUCCUGAAAUCAGAGCAAAACUCCUUGGGAAAGCUCCUCUGGUAUUAAAAGCUCUUAUUAGUAAUUACAGUGUAAUUUGAAACCUGCCCAUCUUUUUAAGCAUGGGAUGCUUUCCUAUGAUUUUCUCUUAAACAUAUAUUUAGGGCAGCAGGGAGGAAGGGUGAAAGGAAUGCUGUAUGACAGAAAAAUUUGGAGAUGUCAGGAGAGAAGAAAGAAAACCUAGUAUAGGAGUUAGGGAAGUAUAGAUGUUAGUGACAGAAGAAUUUUUAAUGCUGUCAUAAAGGACUGUAAGGGUUACACACACAGUCCCACAGGAUUUCAUCAUGUAACUCUCCCUAUGAGCAUUUCAUCCCAUUAUUGCAUGUUAUGAAUGGUUCUGAUUUAUGAUUUUCACCUCUGGCUCGGAAGUAAUAAGAGGGAUUUAAAUUCUGCAGGCUAAAAUAUUCCCCAAACACUACUGACAAAGAUAGUCGUGCUACCACCUCUCCAAUACCUACUUUUUCCUAGAAGUUUUUAGCAAUUGAUGGUGUUCUUUGAUUAGAUGUGAUUAGAGAAUUGGUUUAUGCUUUCUUAUUUCAGAAUUCUAGACAGUUAUUUGCCAUCUUACUAUACAUUAAGCCGUUAUUGGGCAUUUCCUUUUACAGCAUCUGUCACUGCAAGUUAGGACAUGGUUGAUUUCUUAUCUCAUACUUCAGUUAUUCCCUACUGGGAGACAAGUUGCAGUAGUUUCUAUAAAAUUCCAGGCAUCCUGCGGUGAGCUAAACAAGGAUACACUUUAUCAUUUUUUCAGUCUACAAGAGGAGACCAUGGCAUAUGAGAUUUUUCUUUUUCCUCCCUGUUUUUGUGUCUCUCUGCCAAAUUUUAGAUAUAGCUAUUUUACUGGAACUGUGAUAUAAUUGUCUGAUUUUCCUUGAUUGCAUGAAGCUGUGAUUUUAUGUUCUGCAUGGAAGUAAUUCAGCCAUUGCUGAUCUAGUAAAACUUCUGAGAGAGA